UCCAGCUUUGUGUUGAUCACACAGCAGCAGUCCGCUGCUCUCCGUCUUUGUCCUCAAGGCAACUGCGCGCUCUGCCUUGAAUGUAACGCUAGCUAGUUUUUUCUUUCUAGACGAGUAUUUUGAGCCAUCAUUUUAAAGACUGUUAAAAGAUCAGAAGAAUUCAAAGAUGGUGUUAGUACACGUUGGAUACCUGGUUCUACCCGUUUUCGGCUCAGUAAGAAAUAGAGUAUCGAGGCUGGCUCUACAUUCUGCAUUAUCCGAUCUUUGUCGUCCCCCCUCCAUUGUGUAGCUAAUGAUCAUCUGCUGCUGUGUGGUGUGGCCUCUGCCUGUUCUCUGCAUUUAGCUGUUUUGUGAUCCCCCUUCUUCAUUUCCUCUUUCCAUCCGAAGACGACAUUGGUAUUUGAACACCCAAGAACAGUGCUCCCCUAUGUUAAAGAUAAAAAAAUAAUAAUAACAUUGAGCUAAAAUGUUUCUCUAUGUUAAGUUGACAUAGUUAACCCGUAUACAGUAGCAAUAGAGGAGUUGACUCAUGUACAUCCCUUCCAGCCUUGGUAGUCAACAUGUGUAAAUUCCUGUAAAGUGGAUGCAUUUUGCAGUUUCUUAUUCAAAGAAAGCAUCAUGCCCUUCGUACUAGCAAAGGUGCAUUGUACCCACCGGAUGUGCUGGCUUUAUGUAUUUAUUUGUUUGUUUAGUUAAAAAUUGGACACAUUUAUAAUUUUACUUCCUAUAUCACAGGCUCCAAACCUUAGUCCUGGAGUACAUCCUGUUCUGCACAUUUUGAUUCUGCUCUCAACACACCUGAUUCGGCUAAUAAUGUAAACAUUAACCAUUCCAGAGUUAAAUUAGGUGUGUUAGAGCAGGCAGAACACAAUCAUGUGCAGGACAAGUGGUAUUCCAGGACCAGAGUUGGGAAUCUGUAGUCUGUAUGGCUAUAACAAGAAAUUGUGUUAAACAUUUCUAUUUUCACAAACAUGCUAUGCAAUGUAAUAGCCGCACAAACGUUACACUGCACCUGUGUUCAUCACCCAGACAUGUGCCACGUGGCUUUAACAACUGCCUACAUAAGGCUCAUCAAUACACACAGCAUAAAAAUUUGCUAAUUAAUUAAGCCCUUUACUUGAUCUCUGCACUAACAAAUUCCAAAAUGCUAUCCAUUUCACAGGGAUGUUUAAUUUCCUGCACUGCUACAAAUAUCCUCUAUUAGAGUGAAAAUGUCUAUUGUUUGGUUGUGGUUUCUCUACCUUUUGUUCUGAUAAUAGACUUCAGUGCAUGAAUCACAUUAUUCAUUUUUUUUUUAUUCAACAUUGAUUAGACUCCAAUGUAAUCUUUCUGUAGAAAAGAUGUACCCUGCUGUACUGUAAUGUGCUGUAGCCAACACAUCUGCUCAUUGGAUGCUGCUUUUGUUCUGUUUAACCCUGUACGGAGCAUGGUGGGCCUUGCCUUUGGUCAAUGUUGUUUUUAUUUGUUGCAUGGUGUUAUUAUUAUUAUUAUUAUUAUGACACAAAUCCACACAUACUAAUAUUUUUCAAUAAAGAAUAUAGUAUUUUUCCUAACCUCCAGUGUGCUUCUUGCUGAUUUCCAUUUAUUGCCCCCUUCCCACCUCCUCCCUCCUGCUGUGACAAAGAUAGAUUCCUUGCUUUCUUCAUCAUGAGAGCUCACUGAGUUUAUAUGUGGCCAUUUAUGUUGAUUAUUUAGGGACUUGAAGGUAUAAUAAAAACUCAGUGGUUCUGUAGACAUCAAGUGUUUUAAAGAAAUUUGAACUUUAUACUUAUUUAACUACUGCUUGGCAUUAUCUCUCUCUUUUUAAAUUGCAAAUCUUAAAAAAAAAUUAAAAUGGUGGCAUUAUGAACAGAUUAAACUAUGCCUUGAGGUAUUUUGUUAGUAAGUUAUUCCAAGAUAAUGUCCCUAUCCUACACUCACACCUGGAAGACAUUUUGGCAGUGUGUGUGGGAAAUUUCUUUACAGAUGUAAUAAAUAUAAAACUACUUGGGACUCAGAUGGUUUAAAUAAAUAAUUCAUUCAGUUUGUUGUUUGCCAAAGGACAUACAUUCAUGUAGCACAUUUGGCGAACAUAACAUCAUUAUGAAACAAUUGGGUUUCAGUUAUUCAAGAUGUAAAUUGAGUUAUUUUAACCUGCUCUUUUUUUUUUAGUCUUUGACCAAACAGAAUCAAUAGUGAUAAAACUCAGUGUUUCAGACUUAAAGGAUACCUUAAUAAUCUUAUUACUUAACAUGAGGAUUUUAAAUUAAAAAUAAGUUAUUUAGAUUAAAAUAUUUUUAGGUUAGUGAAGAACAGCCAAGAACAUGUUACUUUAUAUGCCAAUGUUAUUUAAUCCAGGUGUGUUGAUAGAUUGCACAAAACAAAUGAUGUAAAAUCCCAAAGAGCCAGUUAACAAUCACCAAACAGAAAGCAUGACGGAUGGCCAUAAGAAGUCCUAGGUUUUCACAAAUAUGCAGCAUAUUUUUUGAAGGAAAAUAAUUUUGGGUGUUAACAUCCCUUUUUAUAGUUUACCAAUUGCAAGUUAUUAUUGCUGAUUAUAUUAUUUUUGUACUUAAGUGUAGAUAUUUUCUUCAUGUUAUAUUCACCCUAUUUACACCAAUAUUGAAGAUGCAUAGAAAUGUUCAGCCACAUGUCUUGUCAAGGUCCAUUAUGUCACUUUUUAAUUUCAUGUCUGUUCAAUUAAAACAUGUUUGUUUCCCAUAUGCACUCAGAACAAAUCAUUAAAUCAUAACACUGAUUUAUUAUUUAUUUCUUGUGUACUUGUGUAAUGAGAAUUUAUUUUGCUCUGCUAUUUUCUUGCAUGCUAUGCCAGGACAACUAUACAAGUAACUUAGUGAAUCUUUCAUCUAAGCCAAAGCCCAUAGAUUUUUCAGGGUCUUUGAGACAGCAGGUGUGACCAAGGAACCCCCUCUGAGAGGCUCAGCUAGAUGCUUGGAAUAGUCAGUGAAUAAUAGUAGACUUGCUUACAUCUGUUGUUGAAGUGUCAGCUGCUGAGAGGUGAGAAGUGACCAUGAGAACCAAAAUGAUACGACAUGCUGCUGAUGACUACCACUGCGAUGCCCUGGAUCUCAGUUUAACAGGCAUCAGCAUAGCCAUGCUACCUCUUGCCGGCAUUUCCAAGUAGGGCCCCAGGCCCAGAUCCCUGUUGACUUCCCAAUGCCCCAUCCAGGACAAUCUCAGGCGGGCAUAAACCCGCACCUUGGCCCAACACACCAGCCAGCUGCCCCGUUGCAUCCUCCCCUUGGCCACAUACCAGCACCACAGUUCCAGGACAUCCAAGGCCCCCCCUUCCUACCUCAGGCUUUACACCAGCAAUACCUCAUCCAGCAGCAGAUCCUGGAGGCACAGCAGAGGAGGUUCCUUCCACAGCCCAGCAGACAUGGCCAAGAGAGAACAGCACACCAUGCCCAGACGAUCCGUCCCCCCUAUGAAUACCCCCCUUCCAUACAUGUUCCUCCCCCUCCACCUGUGCCACAGCAGCCACGCUAUCUUGCUGAAGGAACAGACUGGGACUUGAGUGUGGACCCUGGUCUACCUCAUUCACACUACCAUGUCCCUCAGCUGCCGCAGCACUAUCAGCACUACCUGGCCUCUCCAAGGCUGCACCACUUUCCCAGAAAUGCAUCUUCAGCACAAGUGGUUGUCCAUGAGAUCAGAAACUACCCUUAUCCACAGUUACAUCUAUUAACCCUGCAGGGCCUCAAUCCCUCCCGCCAUGCCACCGCUGUGAGGGAAAGCUAUGAGGAACUCUUACAGCUGGAAGACAGGCUUGGUAAUGUGAAUCGGGGGGCUGUGCAGACUACCAUUGAGAGGUUUACCUUUCCUCAUAAAUACAAAAAGAGAAGACCACUGGAGCUUAAAAUAGGGAUGGAUGAAGAUGAACUGGACACAGAUGAGAAGUGUACGAUUUGCCUGUCGAUGCUUGAGGAUGGAGAGGAUGUGAGGAGAUUACCCUGCAUGCACCUCUUCCAUCAGGCUUGUGUUGACCAGUGGCUUGCAACCAAUAAGAAGUGUCCAAUUUGCAGGGUGGACAUUGAGACCCAGCUGACUCCAGACAGCUGAUGUCUUCUGUAGCGUUGGUGAAAGGUCUGCCAUUUUUCCUGUCCCUUUCUGGGUACUUUGCCAAAUGUCUGUCUCUCCAUCACCUCUCACCUUUGACCUUGCCUUCUGAGCCAACUCGAAACGUGAAUCUUUAAUCCAUGUAGGAUUAAAGCUGAAUAGCAAAGUGAGCAAAAAUGUAAAGGAGUCUGAGGAUUCAUGGAGAAGAAUGUUCAGAUCUGUGCGAGUGUCCAGAGCAGGUGUCAGUGUGACUUUUUUUGCCGAGACGGUUUCCUAUCAAAGUCCCCUGCAUGGACAUUCGGUGUGUUUAGGACAGUAAGUGCAUCCCCUGGUUGAUCUCAACUGCAGAUAACCUAAAGCUUUUCCUCUGUCACGAUGUUUCAUAAUGCAUUAUAACACGAAGUUUAUGAAGCUUUCAAAUUUCCAAAUGUUAGUAGUAGUCAAGUUAUGUAUUUCAGAUGUUCUGCAUUGUUCUAUAGUGCAGUCGAUCAACUCAAAAAUAUUCAAAAUGAGUUUUAUAUGGGAACAAUAUGUGAAUGGAGAUAGUAAAGUAGUACAAUAUAUGUACUGAGUAGAGUCAAAAGGCAAAUGGAUUUAAAACACACACAAAAUCCUGAUAAGGAAUGUGUAAGGAAAACUUUAUUCUCAAAAGUCAAGUAAUCCAACGGUAUGACACUAUGACACUAACGAUUAUUAACUGUAAUUAUCAGAAGUGAUAUAUAAUAUACUUUCUAUAACCAUGGUGACAGCAAGACCAGGCUUGAUUUAAGCUGUGACAGUAUGUAUUUGUGCUUGUGAAAUCUCCAUGCUUAGAAAAGUUUCAAAAUGCAUGUUCUGUGAGAGGCUGAGGCUUGUUUUCAGGAACAUAAUGGAAAGAUGGGCAGUUUGUGCAUGAUGGAUAUCUUACUAAUUCUGAAGACACUGUGUUCUCAACAUGUCACUGAAGAAACCAGGAGUGAGAUGUAUACCAUAAUGCCUGUAGGACAAGCACACAUUCUAAUAACAACAGCCUACUUCUCAGUGUUUCCAUUAGCAAUGUACGUAUGUGUGUGGUAUUGCUUGAAAGUACGGCAUAUGUAGAGUAUGAAGCUAACU